AUGAUCCACGAUGCAGUAAGCGUUAAAACAAGAUCUACCAAUUCCUGCCCCAUAGAUAUCGUUAUAAAGAAUAUUUCGGAAUAUAAUAAUGGCGAUUCAGAAAAGUAUUCAAUCAGUGAUCUUGCAAGAGUGCCUGAGUUUCAUCCAAAUUGCGCAGAAGGCUGUUUGAAACCUCUCCUCCUUACGCUACGCGCAAGUUUUGUUUCUGGGAACAACUACGAACGUUUAGUGAAUACGUGCGAGAAAUUUCGCGAAGUAUAUGAAUGUAUGGAUCGUAUAAAGAAGUGUCAGCCAAAUUAUUUGUUUCCCUUAUUUAUGGAUGGCUUUAAGUAUAUGUGCGUCGAACAUCCUGCCGACUGUGAAGAGAAAUGUAAAGCUCAUAAAUUGAUGGCUGGCUGGUUCAUUCAUUUGAUAAUGCAAUCCACCACUUUUUUCCGUACCGAAGAAAAUGGCGCACCGCCACGCGUUAAUAUCGGCUUCCUUCGUAAAAUUACUUCUGAAGCUUGCUCGUCAGUUUUUGUGAUCGUAGAAUGCUAUUUCCUUUGUUUAAAAACAAAAUAUAAUGCGCGCUGUCAUGGUAUUGGAGGUAAUUUGUUUAUGGUAAGCUUAACUGACGGCUUUCAUAUUCAAGUGGUGAAUGUUUGA